UCGACAUAUCUAGUGUGAAGAAUAGGCCUACGACGUAACGAUUAGAAUGCGUGUGAAUAUAAUAAGCUUUUAACGAAGUGUUUAUUGUGAUUUUAACAUACAAGUGCAUAACUUUACUUUGUAAUAUUUACGCUUUGUAUAUAAUUAUAAAUCUUAUUCUUUGGAGGCGUUCACUUUUUUUAGAUUUGACUAGGGAAAUCUAAGGAUAUUAGCGCGAUGGCGUCGAGUUAUAGGGUCGGAGUUUGGGCACAUGACCUUUUCGGGUGUUUUGAUGACGUUAGUACGUGCUUAUCUACCUUGGUUUGUCCAUGCGUAAUGUUUGGGCGAACGGCGGAAACGAUCGGAUCUGGAAAUUGUGUUAUAUGUGCUGUAUCGCUGUUGGUCCCGCCUGUCAACUUCGUCAGUAGAAUGAUAGUACGGGGUAGAAUUCGAGACAGCAAAGGGAUUGACGGCAGUAGUGUUAAUGACUGUCUACUUAUUUUAUUUUGUCCGUUCUGCUCUCUAGUUCAGGAGGUACAAGAGUGUCAAGAUAUGACACCAUCUGCGCAGAGCAUGUGCAGAACCUAACCAGGAAGUAGAAUGGUAACUUUACGGAAAUGGAAUGGAAAACACAAUAACAAAAAUCACAAUCAUAUUUAUAGAUGUUCUAUUUUGCAUCGUGAAAAAAGACGUGGAGCACUAUUGGUUACAUUAGGACUGUUAUUGUCGCAAAGUUUUUAUUAAAAACUAUAUUGAUAAGAAUGCUAGUAGACAAAAAAGAGCACGAUUUCUGCAUCUAAA